AUGGAGGAGGUUCGCGAUUACAUUGAUGGAUACUUGACUGUUGAGUAUAACCUCGACACGGGCGUGCGAGAGAAACCAGUCAUGGACAUCGACGACGUAUUUCUAGUUCUCUGUCAUCAUUGGGUUCUGGACACGUCGGUCUUCCCGGGCGGGCGGCAACGACCACAGCUAGCUCUCUUGCUUCUUCUCUCUGCGUAUACAGCAACUAGACUGGCUGCCUUAGUGUAUAAGGCGAUUAAUCGCACUAAGCAAAGGGAGCACUACUUUGGAUGGGAGAAUGACGCGCCCGGCAAUGAUGAUGAGAUGGAUCUAGACUGGAGGGAUAUUAAGACUCUCUGCAAUGAAGAUGUGACACUUGGAAUGCUUCCGAAUCCCGAGGGGAAGCGUGACCUUCUUGCUAUGGAGACCACCCUGAGGUAUACUAAAGGAUGGAAGAAAAGACCAAAUCCGUAA